GCAGCCACAACCGCAGCAUCGCCCGGAUCCCUGUGGAGGCUUUUUGAUGAUCACCCCCCGGCACGAGUCCUCCAGAGAGUGCUGAUGCCGGAAGCUGAGAGGCCACUUUUUCACUCGAUUACACAAUCACAACAAGGCAGAUAGAUUGCUGAGUUGUCAGAUUGUGAAGCAUCGGAUGAAGGCAGGGCGCAUCAAGGUGAACUCGCUGCCCUCUCAUUGGUGAUUGGUGCGGGAUGUUUGGCCCCAGGUGUGGCCUUGGGCUCUCCUGCGCACGCACGGCGUCCCUCCAGCUUCGCGGAGCGCUCUCCCAGCUGAGCACUCGAUUCUGUCGGUUUAAGUAAGUCUCUCCAGGCCUGGCGCCGCGUCAAGCGCCCAGUUUCUUUACAGUUUUACCAAAACGGCCACAGAAAUGCAAGGUCCCACAGCUGCACUAGAACUAACAGUCGGGGAGGCAGGAAUGCGCGGUGCACCGCAGUGGGAUUUUGGCUGAAACCACAAGCCUCCUACACCUGUCCCCUGCGCGCUUAAGGCGUCUCUGGAUGACGUGCCUUGAGGAUGGGAAGUGGGAAUCCGCUGAAAGCUUUAGAGGAGUCCCUGGGUGGGGUGGGCUAGAGCUUGGAAAGCUUCAGCGGGUUGCCGUUUACUCCCCGCUCUGCUUCACAGGGACGGGGGCGGGGACCAGCAGGACUUUGGAACCUGUUACUGGAGGUGUUGCAGAAAGUGCGCAAGGUCCACCUGCACGGACGGCGCCACGGCGCCACGGCCCCAACCGCCGUAGGCAGCCCAGGCCGCAGCAGCCCCGACCCGGCCUCCAGGCUGCAGGUGCGGAGCCGCCCCGCCAACACUCACCGCUCCUUGCCGCUGGACGUGCGUGGAAGCCGGGGAUCGCACGCGGGUCCCUGCGCGUCCCGGGAUGGCAGGGGGCGGGCCCCGAAUCGCCGACUGGGCGCGUCACGGGCGCCCGCUCCUCAUUGGCCUGCCGCGGCGGUCACGGGCCCUGACACCGGGAUUGGCACCGCCCGCGGGCAGAGCCGGAGUAACGGGACUCCCGGCUGCGGGUCACAGCCAAGGCGCCCGAGGGGGCUGGCGUCGGCGCCGAGCCCAGAGCCCAGAGAGGGAGCCUGGCCGGGACGCGCGCACCAUGCCCUACCUGCUCAUCAGCACCCAGAUCCGCAUGGAGGUGGGCCCCACCAUGGUGGGUGAUGAGCACUCGGAUCCAGAGCUGAUGCGGCAUCUGGGGGCCUCAAAAAGAAGCGUCUUGGGAAACAACUUUUGUGAGUACUAUGUCAACGACCCUCCCCGCAUUGUCCUGGACAAGCUGGAACGCAGGGGAUUCCGUGUGCUGAGCAUGACAGGAGUGGGCCAGACACUGGUGUGGUGCCUGCACAAGGAAUGACUCUCACGCCAAGGAGUGGACGGGACACCCCUUCUUUCAGUGGUUGUCAUGGGCCCUGGCCCCAAGCCCCUGCCUGCCUCCCUUGCUGCUCUGUCCCUCUUCCCAAAUCAUUGUUUUCCUUGGCCUAGCACCACUCGGCAGGAAAUGGCCUUCUCUGAAACCUGCCUCAGCCAGUGGGUGAGGGGUGGUCAGGGCCUGUAGCCCUGGUGCUCCCAGCCCCCCUCUGCUUCAGGCCUAGAGGCCAUUCCCUGUGGGCAGGCUAAGGUGGUGGCAAGAGCCAGCCUGGCCUUGGCGAGAAUUGGCACCCCUGAGGAGCCUGGCCCCGGGACUGGGCACAUGGGCGGGUCCUGUGUGGUGAGUCCAAGCCAAUAAAGUGCUGUGAUGAGUGGU